GGGCUCCUGCUUUUCCCAGAAUUCGGGCUCGCCGAGCAUCCACAGGUGUGAUUUGCCAACCACCUGCAGCGGGUCGGCGGGAACACCUGUUGCAAGCGCAGAUUCCCAGCUCCAGAUGGCAAGGCGGGGUGUAGGAAAAGGAACUGGGAAAAUGGAUUUUAAUGGAGUCUCUUAGGUAAUGUUGUGCCUGUUGGAUUCGGAGAUCAGGCGAUAAAGCAGAAAGGGGUUUCCCGGCAGGUUGAUUCCGAGACAACAUGUCGGCUUCGGUGAAGGAAAGCCUUCAGCUUCAGCUGCUGGAAAUGGAAAUGCUGUUUUCCAUGUUUCCUAACCAAGGGGAAAUAAAGCUUGAAGACGUGAAUGCCUUGACGACUAUAAAGCGCUAUUUGGAAGGCACCAGGGAAGCGCUACCACCCCAAAUCGAAUUUGUGAUUACGCUGCAGAUUGAGGAGCCUAAGGCGAAAAUUGAUUUGCAAGUAACCAUGCCUCACAGCUACCCCUAUGCAGCCUUGCAGCUGUUUGGACGGUCAGCUGAGCUUGACCGACACCAGCAGCUGCUGCUCAACAAAGGUCUCACUUCCUACAUCGGGACUUUUGACCCAGGUGAGCUCUGUGUAUGCGCAGCAAUCCAGUGGCUCCAGGACAACAGCGCCUCGUAUUUCCUGAACAGAAAGCUCGCGUACGAACCGUCCACACAGGCAAAGCCGGUCAAGAACACGUUCAUCCGGAUGUGGAUCUACAGUCACCAUAUAUACCAACAGGACCUAAGGAAAAAGAUUUUGGAGGUGGGGAAAAGGUUGGAUGUGACUGGCUUUUGCAUGACGGGAAAGCCUGGCAUAAUCUGUGUGGAGGGAUUCAAAGAGCACUGUGAGGAGUUCUGGCACACGAUUAGGUACCCCAACUGGAAGCACAUUUCCUGUAAGCAUGCAGAAAGCACCGAGACCGAAGGCGAUGGCGAGGACCUGCGCCUCUUCCAUUCAUUUGAAGAAUUACUCCUUGAGGCCCAUGGUGACUAUGGAUUAAGGAAUGACUAUCACAUGAACCUGGGCCAGUUCUUAGAAUUUCUCAAAAAACACAAAAGUGAGCAUGUGUUUCAGAUACUAUUUGGCAUUGAGAGCAAAAGUUCAGAUUCUUAGGAAACCAUUAGCGGCCUAAAUUGUCAUUUCAAUCAGUCCGUGUUUAUGUUAAUACCAAAGGUCACAGGCUGCAUAGAGCAGCCUGGAUGGAAGACCUAGCUUCUGGGUUUUGACCUGGUAAUGAAAUGAAAGGGUCUUUUAACUUGGUAACUGUGCAAUUGUGAUGUUGUCCCUACGUGCUUGUGUGAAGUCACUUGAAACAAUUUCAUUGUAAACUAAUAAAAACAAU